UUUGUAAUUUGAUUGUGUCAUUCAACUUGGGGACAGCAUAGGAUCCGAAGUGACUAUAGAGAGCAAUAUAGCUGAUAAGUAUGGUAUCUGCAAUGGGUUGGGGGAUUCAAGAGCAGCAAGGUUGGAGGAAAGGCCCUUGGACUCCAGAAGAGGAUAAGAUGCUUACUGAAUAUGUGAGCUUGAAUGGUGAAGGAAGAUGGAGUUCUGUAGCUCGAUCUGCAGGAUUGAAUAGGAGUGGAAAAAGCUGCAGACUUAGGUGGGUGAAUUAUCUAAGGCCUGGUCUUAAGAGAGGCCAGAUAACACCACAAGAGGAAGGCAUCAUUAUUGAACUUCAUGCUCUGUGGGGUAACAAAUGGUCAACCAUUGCUAGAUACUUACCAGGGAGAACUGAUAAUGAGAUAAAGAACUUCUGGAGAACUCAUUUCAAGAAGAAAGACAAAUCCUCUCGUAAGCAACAAAAGAGAAGAUCUCAACUUCUCAAAGACCAAAAACUGGUUAAGGGUCAGACUGAUCUGCCUCUGCAGGCGGAGGCCAUAUUGGACGCCACCAAUCAGGAUCAAGAUCAAGAUCAGGCACAAGAUAUAAUAAUCAUAAAGCAUGAGAAUAUGGCCUUGACGACUAACAAUAAUAAUAGUAGUUCGGAUCAGAACACUGGAGCAGCAAAAGACUAUAUGAUCAAUAGUACCAAUGUCUCUUCUCAGACUCAGAUUCAGAUUCAAAGCAGCAUACAGCCAGCUAUGGUUUAUCAAGACGACGCCGUUUCAUAUUCGUGGUCUGACCUGAUCACAGCAGACCAAGAAUAUUAUUAUGGUAAUUUAUGGGGUGGCCUCUGGAACCUUGACGAUCAGCCGUACGGUGGUGUGAAUACUAAUACUAAUUCUAAUCAAGCUCCUGCGGCAGGUAGUGGCAAUAAUUAUAAUAUUUAUUAUGGUGGAGAGAAUAAUCAUUCGAAUAAGAAUAUCAUACCAAUUCAAAACCAAGCUAAAGCCUUUUCUUCUUACGGAGGGUUCAUUUUCUAAGGAGACUAGCUAGGGUCUUUCUACAACUACUAGCUAGCUAUAGGGGGUGGGGUGGCUGCACAAUAAUUAAAUUUAUUAGUAUACUUAUAGAUUUAAUAUAUCAUGUGAUGAUGAUUUUAAAGCUCUAGUCAUGAUUCCAUUCCAUAACCAUAU